UCCCCUCCGACACGACAAGCAUACCCAAAUCGAAGCAGACGCCCCGAGAGAGAGACAGAGAGUAAUAAUGGCGGAACACUUGGCUUCGAUAUUCGGGACGGAGAAGGACAGGGUUAACUGCCCGUUCUACUUCAAGAUCGGGGCGUGCAGGCACGGCGAUCGCUGCUCUCGCCUGCACACCAAGCCCAGCAUCAGCCCCACCCUCCUCCUCUCCAACAUGUACCAGCGCCCCGACAUGAUAACCCCCGGCGUCGACGCCCAGGGCCUGCCUAUCGACCCACGCACCAUCCAGAGGCACUUCGAGGAAUUCUACGAAGACCUGUUUGAGGAGCUCAGCAAGUACGGCGAGAUGGAGAGUCUGAACGUGUGUGACAACCUGGCAGACCACAUGGUCGGCAAUGUCUACGUCCAGUUCAGAGAGGAGGAACACGCUGCCAAUGCACUUCGCAAUCUCACCGGAAGGUUUUAUGCUGGCCGUCCCAUCAUUGUCGACUUUUCUCCGGUGACGGACUUUCGUGAAGCCACCUGUAGGCAGUACGAGGAGAACACGUGCAAUCGUGGUGGAUACUGCAAUUUUAUGCACUUGAAAAGGAUCAGCAGGGAGUUGAGGCGCCAAUUGUUUGGGAGGUACCAGCGAAGGCGCAGCCGGAGUCGAAGCAGAAGUAGGAGCCCCUACAGGCAUCGGAGCCAUGAAGAGCGCUCUCAUGGGGGGCGUGGUUCUGGCAGAAAGUACGAUGAAAGGGAUAAUUACCAUGAGAGUCGGAGUCGGCGGCACAAGAGCGUAAGCCCUGGCCGUAGGAGAGGAAGAAGCAGGAGCCCCGUUAGGGAAGGCAGUGCGGAGAGACGUGCCAAAAUUGAGCAGUGGAAUAGGGAAAGGGAACAACAGCCAGAGAAGGCUAGUAAGGUUAAUGCUGAUGGAAAUAAUGACAGUGGUUAUAAUGGGCAUAUGCAGAAUGGAGAUCCAUACUAUGGCUACCAGCACCAGCAGCAUCCACAGCAGGGAUAUAAUUACUGAUCUUUUUAGUUGUAUCCUGGUGGUGUGCAGGUCCACAGUUCUCAUGUGGAAUGUGAUUUUUUUUUUUUUUUUUUUCUGUGUUUCUGCCUUUUCACCUGCAUACAUACUGUUUGACUGUAUUGCUUUGAUGCAUGCUUUACCACAGGAUAGGAUUCUAAGAACUAAAAUAUAAUCCUUUAACCAUCUCUUUGCUUCCAUCUUCCUUAUGGCUCCACUCCUUCCCUUUGAAGACUAAUGGCUGUCAUGAUUUGUAAAGAGACCUUUGAACUGUUCCAUCUCCUCCCCUUUUUCUUUUCUUGCUUGUUAACUAGAACUCAGUCCCUUUAUUUAGAAUUGCAGGACUACUGACCACCUUUGCAGAAUAACUUUGAUUUAUGAUAUGGAAUUUCUCCCAUCAAUCACUACUAACGGGUAGAAUUCUUGGAAAUAGAGUUUUUACUAAGACAUUGUCAAUUUUAAUAAUGUUUUAGACCUUCAAAAGGACAUCUGUGAGAAAUUUGAUUUUUUUUUUUUGGUUGAUUUACUCUUGUUGGGAGGCUAAUCCAAUAGUGUGCAACACGUGCAUGUAUGCAUAAAAAUUUUAUUUGAUUUGUGGUUUUGGCAUAUGCAUGAAUGAUUUUACAGUCAGGGACUCUGUGAAACCCCCCACACAUCUGAGGAACGAUCAAAUUUCGAUGGUUGUCUUUGGUUUUGUUUUCUAUGAACUAUCUUUUUAUCUUUUGUUAAUAUAUAAUUACAAGUAAAGUUCCGAUCUUACAUAUGUUAUCAAGUUUUGCAGGUUCAGGCAUCCCUGCUUCUCUGGACCAAGCCAUUAUUUUAACUGCAGCUUACCAUGAAAUUUGUGUACAGGUUGUUGGGUGCAGCGGCAGAGGAAUGUGUUUACAGGAUCUAUCAGGUUACUGUUUGUAUGAGAAAGAAAGCACCUGCAGCCCAAAUCGUCAGUGUUUGAGAUUCGUAGGUGAGGUCUUAAUAUUGUUUGAUAGUGUUCUGGUCAAAUUGCAGGUCAGGAUGACUGCAGCAAAAAAUCUGCUUUGUUGGUCAAUUUGAUACUUUGGAUUUGUUUAAGCUUUUGGAUCUUGACAUCACUUGUGGUUGAAGACUUACUAUUACACUUUGUACGGUUGUAUGUGAUUGUUCAACUUUGGAUCUCCUUUGAUGAAUGGUGGGUUUUCGUUUA